UUAGAGUUCAUACAUAGGUGACUAGUCCAGCUCUAGCGCAUUGAGAUCAACAAAUACUUUAAUAAAAUAAAAUGGCAUUGUCCCGCGCCAGGCCUGACGACUUACCCAAAGAUGCUGUUAUGAUAACAGAAGACCAGGCCCUAAAGUAUCAAUGGAAGAUCGUAACAUCUUGGGACAAAUUGGGCGACGUGUGGUCAUUGAGAUACACACCUGGUAUUCUAAGCGCAAUGGCGGCAGUGACUGGGGCCUACAUCAAUAACCACUAUCGCACUAAACUACGCCUGGGAGGUCACGGACGUCUGUCUAGCUACUUACCAAUUGUUGCCGUACCUGCCAUAUUUACCAUGUUGUCGCACAAGUUCUUCAUUCAGCGACCCAUUCUACUUAACCCUCUAGCCCAGUGCCCUGUUUGCAUCCAGGUUCGCAGUGCUGCCUUUCAGACCGGACUGGGAAUAGUCUAUCCCACAAUAUUGGCGCCGAUUGCCUCAUUUAUGUUCGCCACCCGAUGCUACACUUACCGGUUACCUUCAGUCACCGAAGCUCCACGCGAAGUGUUUAAUUUAUGGCGCAAACUUACACGACCAAUUGUGCCAGCAUUGGGGACCAUUAUUUGUCUUCAAGCAUUGCUGACAAUGUAUUUGACUGGCCAGGAGGACAAACAAAAUUUCAAAUUGAUGCUUCGGAUGAAAGAAAUUGAACACGAGCUGGAAACUAAUAACAUGCCUCAGCGAAUAGACUUUUAACUUUUGUACCUUGUUGAUUUAUUUGAAUAAGAA